GGCCGUCCAUAGUCUCGAUGCCACAGCGCCCAACUAACCAAGAUGUCCAGGUGCGGCUUAGGCUGUAAGACUGCGGGGCUGACAUCCAGCUGCAUGUGCUAAACUCGAUCCUCCGCUGCGGCAAUGAACGGCACCAACGGCUUCAAUCACGGCAGCCCUCAGCCGUUGGCCCAGCGAACAUGUUCACAAUGCAAGUCUAGCAAGAAGAAAUGCGACAAAGUGCUGCCGAAGUGCGGUCGCUGCUUGCGACUUUCCAUAGACUGUUUGUAUCCUGAUCUCGAGAAAACGCAUGAGUCGGAAACUGGAAAUGAAGCCAACGAUAGCCGAUUCGACGAGGUGUUCGAACGGCUGAGGAGAAUCGAAGCUCAAGUGUUUUCACCCCAAUCAGCUGCACAGAAUGGCACCGAUUCACAAAGAUCGCUCAUUGAGCUUGCGGUAUCUCACGGUGUUGAAAGCCCUAAUCCUACAAAUUGGACGCUCGAACCAGGAACGCUCAAACCACAGUAUAUGUCCUUGAUACUGUGGCAGAGCAUACUGGCCACGCUGGAUGAACACAAAGCCACCAUCCAUGGCAUAAUGCGGGUCUAUAUUACGCAGACAGACCAAUGGCUGCCUAUGGUGUCUAAUAGAAAGUGGCAGAAAGAACUCGCUUUAUUUGGAACACUGCUCUCGUCCGAUAGGUUUGUACUGCUGGCUUUGGCAAUGCACCUAGUUGUCUCGCCGCCAGCUGAUCACCCUCCUGCUGCUUCGCUUGCCGAGUCGCCCUGGUAUCGGAAGUGCAAGUAUCUUUUCCAAUAUUAUGUGGGGUUCAAGGAGCCAAACAUCGAGAUGGUGCAAGCUGGGAUGCUGAUCGCGCUUUUUGAGUUCAAUCAAGACAUUCAGGAUCGAGCUUUAACGACGUUGGGGACAUGUGCCCGACUAGCGUACUUGCUCGACUUUGAUGAAGUUAUGGCAAAGCACGCUGCACGAAACUUGGGUAUUUCAACAUGCCCCCAAAAAUCAUGCCAAAAGCCCAAUGCAUGCCCCUUCAUUUCGACAACAGCCCCUCAUGCGAUUGUGCCAGCCCCUACGAAGGGCCAUCCGUCUCCAACUUCUCCACCGUAGAAAUCGAAAGACUCGCUCGAUGUGUCUACGAAUACGACGCCGCACAACGCUUGGGGCGCGUGCAGAAAUUUAUUCGCGACAACCGCUACGUGUCGAUGUCGC